AUGUUUUUAACCAGAAGUGAAUAUGAUAGAGGUGUUAGUACGUUCUCACCAGAGGGUAGGUUGUUUCAGGUUGAGUACUCAUUUGAAGCAAUUAAAUUAGGUUCAACAGCAAUUGGAAUCUCUACAUCAGAGGGUGUAAUUUUAGGAGUUGAGAAGAAAGUAACCUCUCCUUUAUUAGAGCAUUCAUCCAUUGAAAAAAUAGUAGAAAUUGACAAACAUAUCGGAUGCGCUAUGUCAGGUUUGACUGCUGAUGCAAGAUCUUUGAUUGAUCAUGCGAGAGUUUCUUCAUUGAAUCACAACUUGUAUUAUGAUGAAGAAAUACAAGUGGAAAGUUUGACUCAGUCUGUUUGCGAUCUUGCCCUUAGGUUUGGCGAGGGUGCUAGUGGGGAAAAAAGACUCAUGUCAAGACCUUUUGGUGUUGCGUUGUUAAUAGCCGGAGUUGACAAAGACAAAGGACCUCAAUUAUACUAUGCAGAGCCUUCGGGAACCUUUUAUAGAUAUGAUGCAAAAGCUAUAGGCUCUGGAUCUGAAGGUGCUCAAGCUGAAUUACAAAAUGAAUAUCACAAGUCUUUAACAUUGAAGGAGGCUGAACUUCUAGCAUUAAAAACUUUGAAACAAGUAAUGGAAGAGAAAUUAGAUUGCAAGAACGCCCAACUAGCCUCCGUUACCGAAGAAGGCGGCUUCCAAAUUUACAGCGACGAAAAAACUGAUGAGAUUAUAAAAAAUUUGAAUGAGCUGCAAAUUGAUGAAGAAUCCUAG